CUGCAUCAUUUGUUGUGUGCCGAAUGUCCCAGAAGUCGCGAAUGUUUCGCGAAAGGUUUAAAGUCCUGUUUUCAGAAGUGUGUAUCUCCGUUUGAGCAAGGCAACUAUUCGAGUGCCAGAUGUAUUGAAUCGUUUAUUGGCGUCACAGUGUGUCCAUGUAAGAAAUAACGGGACGUCAUCUGGACUCUAAAACGUUACCCAAUUCCCAGCCCCCCCCCGACUGACCGUUAGAUAGCCCUGCCUGAUCACUCCUGUUGACAGUGUUGUUUUACACGGAGGAAAAAGUUUUUCAGCGUGGGGAAAUUGUUAAAAAGAAAAGCUGCCUUCAACUCCACUGGCUCGGAAAUUUGGCGACUUGGCUCCAACAUUUGGGGGCCCUCUCUGCUACUGCACAAAGUGAAGGUUGAUAUGCCACAUCAGUGAUGGAGCCCAUGACGGUGACAACGUCGGUGGCCAGGCCGGACGAGUUUGACCGCAACGCCCCGCGGAUCUGCGGUGUGUGCGGUGACAAGGCCACCGGCUUUCACUUCAACGCCAUGACGUGUGAGGGCUGCAAAGGAUUCUUCAGGCGCAGCAUGAAGCGUAAAGCCUCCUUCACCUGUCCAUUCAACGGGAGCUGCACCAUCACCAAGGACAACCGGCGUCACUGCCAGGCCUGUCGUCUCAAACGCUGCAUUGAUAUUGGCAUGAUGAAAGAGUUCAUCCUGACAGACGAGGAGGUUCAGAGAAAGAAGGAUAUGAUAUUGAAGAGGAAAGAGGAGGAGGCAGCCCGGGAGGCAAUGAGGCCACGUCUGAAUGAGGAGCAGGCCCGGAUCAUCUCCAGUCUGGUGGAAGCUCACCACAAGACCUACGAUGCCUCCUAUUCUGACUUCUCCCGCUUCAGGCCUCCAGUGCGUGAAGGCCCAGUAACACGCAGUGCCAGCAGAGCUGCCUCCCUUCAUUCCUUGUCUGAGGCCUCCUCUGACUCAUUCAACCACUCACCUGAGUCUGUUGACACCAAGAUGAACUUCAGCAACCUGUUAAUGAUGUACCAGGACGGUGCUAGCAGUCCAGACUCUAGUGAGGAGGACACAAAACUUUCCAUGCUGCCCCACCUGGCGGACCUGGUCUCCUACAGCAUCCAGAAAGUCAUAGGCUUUGCCAAGAUGAUCCCAGGCUUUAGAGAGCUGACCGCAGAAGACCAGAUUGCUCUGUUGAAGUCGAGUGCCAUUGAGAUCAUCAUGCUGCGUUCAAACCAGUCUUUCAGUCUGGAGGACAUGUCCUGGAGCUGCGGAGGACCUGACUUCAAAUACUGCAUCAAUGAUGUUACAAAGGCUGGUCACUCUCUGGAUCUGUUGGAGCCGCUGGUGAAGUUCCAGGUUGGUUUGAAGAAACUCAACCUGCACGAGGAGGAACAUGUGCUGCUCAUGGCCAUCUGCCUGCUUUCUCCAGAUCGUCCCGGUGUCCAAGACCACGGCCGCAUCGAGCAGCUCCAGGAUCAUCUGUCGGAGACACUGCAGGCCUACAUCCAGGUCAACCACCCAGGCGGACGCCUCCUCUAUGCCAAGAUGAUCCAGAAGCUGGCCGACCUGCGCAGCCUGAACGAGGAGCACUCCAAGCAGUACCGCUCACUCUCCUUCCAGCCCGAGCACAGCAUGCAGCUCACCCCGCUGGUGCUGGAAGUGUUUGGCAGCGAGGUGUCAUAGCAGAGAAGGAGGCACGCUUGCAUACAUACACACACUCAUCACACAUCAUAGGACACACAGGACGACCAACCAACCCUUACCGCCUUUUCCCCAAGAGAACCCCAGCCCUGAUUUAUACCUGGACGUGAGGGAGAAAGAUGGAUCAUCAGAUAGGUAGACGGUAACCUUCAACCCCUUCAUCUGUCCAUUCUCCUCCUCCUGACCUUAAGCAGCAAGGCUCAGAUGCCUGGACCUCUAAAUUUAUAGAUUUUAAGACAUCUUAAUAUGCUCUGGAUUUCUGCAGCACCUGGAUAACCAGAUAAUAUUUUAACCUCUGAAUUUGCAAACACAGCACCGCAUUAAAUGUCAUUACGUCAGGCAGAUAUCCUGACUGGUAGACAUCUGGAACAGACAGACAUCCUGAUCCUCUCCAAAUUUAGAAACUCCAAAAGGAAGAUUGCCUUUUCUCAUCACCACCGUCCUCCGGAUAUCACUGCUAAAUUCCUCUCAUUUCUUCUUUUUUCAUUUAUUUUUAUUUUUUAUAUUUUUUUUACAGUGAAGACCGCUUGAUGGAUGUGAGCGUCGCAUCCCUUCUACCAUCAUCCUCAUAACAUUGUUCACAUCGUCGCGAUGACGGACAGAAAUAGAUACACAGAUUUACAUCGUUUAACCAAUGCUGGCACUUGUGAGUUACAACCACAUUGCUAGCAAUGUUACUACACUCGCGUUAGAUAGCUAUAAACUAUUGUUGAUUUACAGUUUGUUGACAGCAAAGACAUCCAAAUAUAUUAAAUGUCAACAUAGCGUUUUAAAAUACUUGGUUAAGAUGGGCUGCUUAGCCCUGUGUAUCUGUAGGUCUCAGAUGGUCAGCUGAAGCGAAGAAAGGAAGUAUAGGUAGGAAUGUUUCAGUAUAGGAACGGUGAGAAGAGAGGUGCCAUUUGGAGGAAUGAGUAAAGGAGGUUGGAUAGAUGGAGGGAUAUGCUACGGUUAGAAUUCCCUGGUCACAAGACAAAAGGGAAUUUCACAAAACAAGAAUGUAUGUAUAAUGCUAUAUAAAUAUAAAUGAUACGUAUAAGCUGAUAUAUAUGAAUAUAUAUAUUUAAGAGAGCGAAACAUGGUUACUUCCAAGGAAGCAAGCAAUUCAGAGUGUUGUAUAAAGUAGAGGAUUUGAAGGCCCCUUCUCAGUUGUGUGUGUGUGUGUGUGUGUGUGU